AUGAUUGGUGCAAAAGGACUACUAGAUUUAGGAAAUAGCGUAGCUAAAUUAACAAAUCUCUAUGAUUUAGCUCUAAACUUAAGAAAAUUUAUAUGUUUUUAAAUAAAAAGCGAAAAUUAAUUAGGAGCUGAAGAAAUUAAAGGUUUAUGUGAAGGUCUAGCAAAAAGCAUUAGUAUCUCAAAAUUAACACUUGAUCUUAAAUAAAACUAUAUUGAAUAAGAUGGUAUUUCAGACUUUGGUCUAUCGUUAGCAAAUUGCACUAAUCUUUCAGAUAUAGCUCUCUAAUUAGAGCAAUUAAAUGAAGAAGGCAUAUAAGAUUUGUGUAUUACUAUUUCAAAGAAUAAUAAUCUUUAAAAUUUACAACUACAGCUCAAGUAAAUAAUUUUGUUUGGCUCUUAUGGAUUUUAAUCAUAUACUAAUAAUAUCUUAAAUGAAUUUGAAUCUUAUAUUUUAAUUACUAUAAAUCCUCAUUAAUUAAAUGAGGAAAUAAUUUGCGAAAGUAGUUCAUCAUAGUUGUUUUCUUGUCUAUCUAAAUGUGUUAAUCUCAAAAAUUUAAAACUUUGCAUCAACUCUUGUGGACUAGAUAAAGACUAAGCGUUAGCAUUAUCUUAAGCUUUCGAAAGAUGCACUUAUCUUAAGAAAGUGUAUUUAUCUCAAUACUCUUGGAGUGUAAGAUCAUAAAAAAUUAAAGUUAGUUAACUUUGUUAAGAUAAAUAAUCUUAAAAAUGA